AUGCCACCAAAGUUCCGGGCGUUCCGUCACUCCUACUUGCAACAUGCAGUGGAUGUUCGAAAACUGGACAAAGAUUCUUGGGUUCUUCUGGACAAUGAAUGGCCACGGUACUUCCAAAUAAAGGUCCGUCGUCUGGCGGAUCGUGGAGACAAAAUCGUUCAAACCAUGCCUGUCGCACGCGAUGCAGCAUGGGAGCUUUGCCAAGAUCCGGCUGAGUUUCUCUCUCGACGGUAUUCCUCAGUGUACCGAAUUACGCGCGCUGAAGAUAAUACGCAAGGCUGGUAUGGACUGGGUUUCAUCACCAAAAUUGAGAUGCCAGCUAUGAGGGCCGCCUACGACUUGAGCAAACAUGACCCUUUGACAGUUGCUGGCCUCAUCCAACCAGCCGACAUCAACAUCCUGGUCAAGGGUACCGAUGGCUAUUAUCAGCUUGCUGCCAUGAUGCUUGGGAUCGGAGGGAGGCAGAGAAUCAAGGACAAGAUUGGCAAAACCCUAGCAGAUCUUUACUUCUCGGGCCAUGUCCCGCAUUACAAGGAGCAGCUCCAGCGGCCACUUGAUCAUUUCCUCUCCAAGCUCAAGUUUGAGAGUCCAAUCCAACGGAACACCACUUCUAUCGCGAUACAUGACGAAUAUCACUGGCCUGCUCUAACUAUGGGACCGGAGGACGACUGGGAUCCAGAACUCUGCGGUCCCGGAAUCAGCACUUCCAGCUACGGCAAGUGGAAUCCGCCGAGUCCAGUCAAGAACAUUUCCCAGUUGUGGUUCCGCCAGGAGCGUCAAACUUUGCGACGGCUCCCACGGUCUGGUGCAGUUGUGUGGAUGGUUCACACGUACAUUGAGCCUCUUGUCGAAGUCGUCCAGGAGCCAGGUGUUCCGGGGCGUUUGGCGUCUUUCGUCCGUAGCUGGGAUGAUGAACUGGCCCUCCACAAGGGUCGCCACUUUUAUGCCGAUGUCCUUCUACCAUACCUAGAUGAUCUCCAUAAGAAGCAAGUUAAAAGCGGAAUGUGUGAAGACGGACAACUGCCGAGCAAGUUCCCGUUCUAG